CACCACUAGAUCGGCUCGCCGUUUGUUUCCUGCUACGGACAGAAGAGCGGCGUCGAGACUGACUGGAAAGAACACCAUCUCCUCCAAUAACUAAACCAUAAAAUGAAACUGUUUGUAGCAUUUUCCUCUCUCCACAUCCGCUUCAGCACUUUUGUACUGCUGGUGAUGGGUCUCUCCACUCCAGGACAAGCAGAAAUCGUCAGUCUGGACUCCGGCAACAUUGAUGAUAUCCUAAAUAAUGCUGGAGUGGCAUUAGUGAAUUUCUAUGCUGACUGGUGUAGAUUCAGUCAGAUGCUCCAUCCGAUUUUUGAGGAGGCAUCAAACGUGGUGAGGGAGGAGUUCCCCGACUCCAGACAGGUGGUGUUUGCUCGCGUCGACUGUGACCAGCACGCUGACAUCGCUCAGCGCUACCGCAUCACCAAGUAUCCAACACUCAAGUUGUUCCGCAAUGGAAUGAUGAUGAAGAGGGAGUACAGGGGUCAGAGGUCAGUCACCGCCAUCGCUGACUUUAUCCGCCAGCAGCAAGUGGACCCAGUAAAAGAGUUGCACUCUAUGGAGGAAGUUAACACUUUGGAUCGGAGCAAGAGAAACAUCAUCGGGUACUUUGAGACAAAGGAGUCUGAUAACUAUCGCACGUAUCAUAAAGUUGCCAACAUCCUCCGAGACGACUGCACCUUCCUAGCUGCUUUCGGUGCUGUAUCAGCGCCCGAGCGCUUCAGCGGAGACAAUGUAAUCUACAAACCCGUGGGCGAUGGCAUGUCUGACAUGGUCUACCUCGGCUCGCUCACCAACUUUGACCUGACGUACACGUGGGCGCAGGACAAGUGUGUGCCUCUAGUCAGGGAGAUCACCUUUGAAAAUGGAGAGGAACUGACAGAAGAAGGACUCCCCUUCCUCAUCUUGUUCCACCUCAAAGAAGAUACGGGCAGCUUGGAGAAGUUCCAACAGGAAGUUACCCGCCAGCUCAUCAGUGAAAAAGGCUCUAUCAACUUCCUCCACGCGGACUGCGAUAAGUUCCGCCAUCCUCUGCUCCACAUUCAGAAAACUCCAGCGGACUGUCCCGUCAUCGCCAUAGACUCUUUCAGGCACAUGUACGUCUUCCCGGAUUUCAACGACCUCAGCAUUAGCGGUAAGCUAAGACAGUUCGUUUUGGACCUGCACUCCGGGAAGCUCCAUAGAGAGUUCCACCAUGGUCCCGACCCCACAGACAGCACACUUGGACAGGAGGAGACGGGAGGCGAGGUGGCCAGCAGCCCUCCAGAGAGCUCGUUCCAGAAGCUGGCGCCGAGCGAGACUCGCUACACCAUCCUCAGAAGGGACCGCGACGAGCUGUGACCCAAAGGGGCCGCGCAGCGAUCCUGUGACUCAGUGCCACGCCCCGGGGUCAGGGAGGGGAUUUGGGUUGGACGGGCCAGCGGGACAGAACAGUAACACCCAACACCCUUACUGGAGGAGACCAGGAGGAGGAGGAGAACCUGAAGCAGAGGAGAGUGCGGUCCACGCUGGGAUAACCUAUUUUUUCAUAACUCUUUCACACACGGCUUUUAUUUUGAUUUGGGAGGAAGAGGGGGAUUUGAGCGGAGACGGGUCGGAGGCAUCAUGACAUCAAGAGAAGUUUACUUUUAUUUUCUUGAACGUUGUAAAUAUGUUUGUGCUACAUUGGAAUUACAAUGUUGGUCUAAAUUAAAUGAAGAGUUUUCUUUAUUUUAUCCCAUUUUUAUUUCUCGCUCUGGAUUUUGUCCGACGAACAAACACAUCUGUCCUCGCUCCAGCUGUCGGACGCUAGUUUAGUCUCGCUCGCCGACCAGCAGCCGCCCGAUUCGUGUUUAUAGUCGUAACAGCAUCCCUGUAACCUCACCAGAAACGCGAGAGCAGCCGGAUCUCCUGCGGCCUGAGAUCUUCCCUCCUUGGUAGUUUAGCUUCAGCUUUGGAUUAGCGUCUCCUUCAGUGCUUAAUAAAAAUAAUCCAGGAUUUUUUUUUUGUAUAUCUUUUUUUUU